CGAGAAGGUUGCUCGGUGGGGUAGAAGAGAUCGAUUAGCAGUGGCUAGGUGGUGAAGGCGGAGAGGGAAUCAUCGCCUGGGCACGGUGGACAAGAAGCGAUCGACUUGGAGGGGCUCGGCGGUGAAGCUAAAGAAGGAAUCACUGCUUGGGCUAGAUGGAAAAAAAGGAAUCAUCGCGGGAAAUCGGUGAAGAAAGAAUCAUCGCGUUAGAAGGAACUGAUCUUGAUGUUUCAGAGAGUGGAGCUUCUGAAAUUUUGAAAUAUGUGUCACAAUUUAGUAGGUUGGACGGAUCAAGCAGGAGUCCUGCUACUUUUGAUGGUGCGCAGACUGCUUGGACAAUGCUCAGUGAGGAAAAGUUUUUACCAUGCAUUACAACAUCUUGUCUGGACCUGGAUAACAUCCUUGGUGGAGGUAUUAGGUGCAGAGAAGUCACCGAAAUUGGUGGAGUUCCAGGAAUUGGUAAAACACAAAUUGGGAUUCAGCUUGCAGUUAAUGUUCAGAUUCCAAUAGAAUAUGGUGGCCUGGGCGGGCAAGCUAUAUACAUUGACACAGAGGGUAGCUUUAUGAUGGAGCGUGUUCUACAGAUUGCUGAAGCCUGUGUAGAAGACCUGUCAGAAUAUGGCCACCUUCGCAAGGAUGCUCAAGAUUCUCAAGUUAAAAUGCACCCUAAUAAUGUUUUGCAAAAUAUAUUCUACUUUCGUGUUUGCAGCUAUACUGAGCAAAUUGCUUUGGUAAAUUACUUGGACAAAUUUGUCACAGAACAUAAAAGUGUGAAGAUCAUCAUUCUUGACAGUGUUACCUUCCACUUUCGCCAAGAGUUUGAUGAUAUGGCCCGCAGAACUCGAUUACUCAGUGAAAUGGCUUUAAAGUUUAUGAAGCUGUCGAAAAAGUUCGGUUUGGCUGUUGUAAUGUUAAAUCAGGUAACAACCAAGCUCAUUGAUGGUUCGUUUCAAUUGGCCCUUGCACUUGGUGAUAGCUGGUCACAUAUGUGCACAAACAGGAUCAUCUUAUAUUGGAAUAGCAAUGAACGAUUUGCAUUCAUUGACAAGUCCCCCUCUCUUAAAUCAGCAUCCGCAUCAUAUUCUGUGACCAGCAGAGGGAUUCGCAAUUCUACUUCAAGUAGUAAACGGAUUAAAAUGAUGUGAUGUUAUUCUGUUUUUUUUUUUAUUUAAAACAUUAUAUGGAUAAGAUCAAUUGCCAAGUCGUCUUCCUUUGUUACUUGACGUAGUUGAUAUCUGAACUUAGAAACUUUUUGUGGCUUAGAGGAUGUGACAUUGAGUGAAAAAUUAGAUCUUGGGUUCGACAUCUUAGCAUGAAAUUUGAAAUGAAUUGCAUUUGUAUAA